AUGACCAAAUCCAUCCUCCUGAUAAACGGUCCAAACCUCAACCUCCUCGGCACCCGCGAACCCACAAUCUACGGCUCCACAUCUCUCUCUGACGUUAUCAAUUCCGCGCAGACCCAAUGCACCGCACAAUCCGUAACCUUCUCGCACAUCCAAUCCAACCACGAAGGCGUGCUCGUCGAUCGCAUACACGAAGCACGCGGCAAUGUAGACUUUGUUGUCAUAAAUCCCGGUGCGCUCACACAUACAAGCGUGGCAUUGAGGGACGCAUUAGCUGGCGUAGAGAUACCGUUUGUUGAGGUGCAUAUCAGUAACAUCCAUAAGAGGGAGGCAUUUAGGCAUCAUAGCUAUCUGAGCGACAAGGCCGAGGCGGUGAUUUGCGGGUUGGGAGUUUUUGGGUAUGAAGCUGCUAUUGAGUUUGCGAUGAGGUAUCUUCGAGACAAAGAGGAAGAGAAAGCAAAAUUGUAG